AUGCCAUUUCUCAUCAGAGUGCCCAGGAGUCUUUUGGAGGAAGUCAGGAUGUCAGAUUUGGGAGAACUUGUAAUAUUGGACAUCGAUUCCAAUGAACUAAGGACACCGUUUAAGGGCCUUGAAAGUCUUCCUAGGAAUUUGGUCUCCAGCUUAAAAGAAAUAUUGGAUAACGACAACGUUUUGGGCGAUGUUGUAGCUAGGAAGCCCAUGAGGCCAUUCUUAAGUAAAAAGCUGAAAUCGCAGAUAUUCCAACAGAUUGUUGAUGAGAGGCUGGAACUUCUCAACCCUGGAAGGAGUAUUCACGACGAGUUUGAAGAAGAGUGCAAUAUCUACAGUGAUGCUGAGGACAUCGCACAAAACCUUGUCGGCGUCACCGAGAAGUUUUAG